UCCCGCUCGCUGCGCAGGAUCCGCUCCUCACAGCAUUCGGCUCUGAAGUGGCGACCUGCGAGGACUCCCCAGGCUGAGGGCGACGUGUGUGGGGGCUCAUUGUGACUCGAGGCACAGCUGAAGACAUGGGCUCCGUUUCCAACCAGGAAUUCCCAGGAGCGUGUAAGCCCGAAGAGGACGAGGGGCCGAGCACCGCGGAGGGGCCCCCGUCCCUCCACGGGGUCGGCAUCUGUAAAUGGUUCAACGUGCGCAUGGGCUUCGGGUUCCUGUCCAUGACGGCCCGAGAGGGGGUUCCGCUGGAAGAACCGGUCGACGUGUUCGUCCAUCAGAGCAAGUUGCACAUGGAGGGCUUCCGCAGCCUGAAGGAGGGCGAGGCCGUCGAAUUCACCUUCAAGAAGUCGUCCAAGGGCCUCGAGUCGCAGAGAGUCACCGGACCGGGUGGCAUUCACUGCGUGGGCAGUGAGAGGAGACCCAAAGGCAAGAAGGUCCAGAAGAGACGCUCAAAGGGAGACAGGUGCUACAACUGCGGAGGCCUGGACCACCACGCCAAAGAGUGCAAGUUGCCCCCCCAGCCCAAGAAGUGCCAUUUCUGCCAGAGCAUCGACCACAUGGUUGCCAACUGCCCAAUCAAAGCACAACAGUCCUCGCCGGGUUCUCAGGGAAAGCCGUCACCGUUGAAAGGAGACGAGGAGCACGACUGCACGGCGCCGCCUCCCGAGACCGCCGACUAGGCGAGAAAUUUGGGCAACGCUGGGGGAGGCACAGAGGCCAAUCAAUCAAUGAUGGAGCGACGGGACGCACGGAUCCCCCUCCGCCCUUGAAGCUGCUUUUGGAACUACCUCAGGUUAAACAAAUUUGCUGAAGAUGAAUGAAUGAAUGCUGACGUUUUGGUUUUAGUUUAGUUUUUCACUUUGCGUAACACACACUCAGGAAUAACUGUAUUAGCUAAUAGCUGUAUUAUUGCACUCAGGAUGCUUUUUUUUUUUCUUCAAAUCACUGUGGUUGCCUCAGGGGUUUAGAGUGUGGUGAGUAAUGCCAUAUAACGGGUUAUCUUGAUGAUGAGAUUUUGUAGUGUCCGUUUUUUUUUAUUAUAUGCGACUCUGUGCCUCUCUUGUGGGCGAUAUACCUCUUGUUUUCGUAAAGCGUAUUUAGUAUAGAGUUACACUUUGGUUUCCUUGUCAUUUAGUCUCCUUGCUGACAUCCAAUUGAAGGGGGGGGGGGCAGUGGUUACAUCCGUAGUGAACCUUAAGACGCUCAUUUUAAGGGGAAGGGGAGGGUUUUGGGUAUAGCUAUGGGCGUAUGUUGGCGUCUGCCAAUGUUGCAAUUGACCAUCCGGUUUUCCUGAGGCCAAAUGAAUGUCACACCAGAAGUGGUGGUUUCCAGCUUCUGGUCCCAGAUAUUGGUAACUCAAAAUCUUCCUCCAGCAUUUCUCUGGCUGUCCAAAGGUGUACCGUCUACCUCAAUGAUUCAUUUCUUUAUAUUCUCACCGCUUUGGUAAACCCAAAUAUUCUCACGAUACGGUUUUUCCAUGAGUAAUUAUAUCCUUUUAAAGCUGCGGUUUGUAUCGUUCUUCUUACAUUUGUCGAAAUUCUCACAAUAUACCGACUAUUAGAUCAAUCUCGCCACGAUAGAAGAAGAAAGAAAUCUGGAAUCAAACACUGUUGCGGGACCGUAACAAACAAUCAUUUCAUUCCGUUUACGCUCACGCUUACGGUGAUGAUUUUGGGGAAGGCCCGGUUUCAUACUCGGCGACUUUCAGCCUAGAUUCAUCUACUUUUUGGAGCUAUUGCCGUUAGCUACAUUCAUUGUAGCUACAACGUUAGCAUUCACUGUAGCUACCACGUUAGCUACAAUGAAUGUAACGUUGAAUCCCUUCCAAUUCAGAUAUGGGAGAAGUGCUGGUGGUUUGAAGGUGUGACGGCAGAAAUCCAACCAAUGUGAAACAAACCAUCAUCCCAUGCAAUAAGACACUGGUUUGAGGUACUGGGGGGUCCAGCUAGCUCUCCUCUUGAUACUUGAAUAAGAUGAGCUAAUGUUGCCAGUGGGACAGCUGGUGUUUUUGUUUUCUAUCCGCCGUGAUCUAUUUCUAGGUAGUUAUUUAAGACAUUACCUCCCUAUAACCUGUAGUAGAGUAAUAGUUCAGGAACACCGAGUCUGUAGAACUAGCCUAUCAGCUAUUUACUCCCAUUUUACAGGAGAAGCUGACCCGACUUACACCCAAAUAAUAUAUAUGUAAAAUUAUUCUAAAGCCUUUAAAAAAAAAUAAUACUACUUAUUUAUUUUCAUCCAAGAGUGCUGUUGCUUCUCCCUCUGCUCCUGUUGAAGCCAUUAAUAUUCUAAUAGACAUAAAAGCUGUCAUUCAAAGCUAUAUUUUGACUCGAGAAUAUAUUUGGGUAGCACAUUUUUACGUCAAGGUACUAGUAUAGUUUGUACAUUUGUGACACACCAACAAUAUACAGUACACACUGUACAGGUACAUAGAAUUACGAGGACUGACGUAAACUGUGAGUUUGUUUUCCUUUGCUUUUAAUCAAUUAUUUCUUUCUAUUUAUUUUUAUAAUCAAUGAGCCUUUUGUUAGAGACCUAUUGUUAUUCCUAUCUAUGCCAAACCCAAUGCAACGUUACUCUGCACUAAUCACGUGUAAGAUGCAUUACUUUGUUUUAUAUUCAGCUUUAUCUUUUUUUUUAAUACGGGCAUGUCUUAUAUUCUACUUUUUUAUUUUUUUUCAUAUACCACAUGCAGUAGUUUGCUGGCUUAGAAAUAAAAAAAAAUCCUUUUCGCUCAUCUCAGGAAUUGCCAAUCUGAAAACUCAGGGAAUAGUUUAGAUUGAUUUGACAGAAAUUGAGAGUGUUUAUUCAAAACUAAUUAGAGACUAGGUGUUCACCCCCAUGAUGCAAAGCGUGGAAUGAAGCAAAAGGAACCGCUAAAUGGGUUUAGGAAUGUCUUUGUGCAGCAGUUUUAUUACUACAAGGAAAUAAAACGGCUAAAUUACGGCUAAAACAAAAAAAUGACAACAAAUGAAGUGAAAUGGUUGUGAUUGAUAUCCCACACUUUGUAAACUUCAUGCACAAAGUGUGGCUCUGACAUAACUUGCCACCUUAGGACCUAAUAUGGAGGAAAUGUUCCACUAUUGUCGUAUUUUUUUCCUCUAUAAUAGUCGUAGAUGGGGAUGUAGGAGAGUGUUCAGACUAUCAAUGCUCAAGACGAGAAGAAUGUGUCAUUUACCGCUCAAUAAUGUUUCCUACUCUGCUGUUAAGUGGUG